UGGAACCCAGCGGGACUCAGCUGACGCUACGGUUCACGUGACAUUAGUGCCGGGGGAACAUGGCGGCGUCCGCACGACCUUCAUUUUGGCUGGGGAAUGAAACACUCAAGGUGCCGCUGGCGCUCUUUGCCUUGAACCGGCAGCGGCUGUGUGAGCGUUUGCAGAAGGCGGCCGUGCAGUCGGGUUCUGUGGUGCUGCUGCAGGGCGGUGAGGAGACACAGCGCUACUGCACGGACACCGGAGUCCUCUUCCGCCAGGAGUCCUUCUUUCACUGGGCAUUCGGGGUCACCGAGCCUGGCUGCUACGGCGCAAUCCAUGUGGACACAAAGAAGUCCAUCCUCUUCGUGCCCCGGCUUCCUGCCAGCCAUGCCACUUGGAUGGGAAAGAUCCAUCCCAGGGAGCACUUCAAGGAGAAGUAUGCUGUGGACGACGUCCAGUACACAGAUGAGAUUGCCAGUGUCCUUGCAUCAAAGAACCCCUCUGUCCUCCUCACUCUGCGUGGCAUCAACACGGACAGCGGCAGUGUCUGCAGAGAGGCCUCCUUCGAAGGCAUCAGCAAGUUCAAUGUCAACAACACUAUUCUUCACCCGGAGAUCGUAGAGUGCCGAGUAUUUAAGACGGACAUGGAGCUGGAAGUUUUACGCUACACCAAUAAGAUCUCCAGUGAGGCCCACCGGGAGGUAAUGAAGGCUGUAAAAGUGGGAAUGAAGGAAUAUGAGAUGGAAAGCCUCUUCGAGCACUACUGCUACUCCCGGGGCGGCAUGCGCCACAGCUCCUACACCUGCAUCUGCGGCAGUGGGGAGAACUCGGCUGUGCUGCACUAUGGACAUGCUGGGGCGCCCAAUGACCGCACCAUCCGGGACGGAGACAUGUGCCUCUUUGAUAUGGGUGGCGAGUAUUACUGCUUCGCCUCCGACAUCACUUGCACCUUCCCUGCCAAUGGCAAGUUUACCGAGGACCAGAAGGCCAUCUACAAGGCCGUGCUGCGGAGCUGCCGCGCCGUCAUGAGCGCCAUGAAACCAGGCGUCUGGUGGCCUGACAUGCAUCGCCUGGCUGACCGAAUCCAUCUGGAGGAGCUGGUCGCCAUUGGCAUCCUGAGUGGCAGCGUGGACGCCAUGGCCCAGGCCCACCUGGGAGCCGUCUUCAUGCCUCACGGCCUGGGCCACUUCCUGGGCAUUGACGUGCACGACGUGGGCGGCUACCCCGAGGGUGUGGAUCGCAUAGACGAACCCGGCCUGCGUAGCCUGCGUACUGCACGGCACCUGGAGCCCGGCAUGGUGCUGACCGUGGAGCCCGGCAUUUACUUCAUCGACCACCUCCUGGACGAGGCCCUGGCAGACCCAGCCCGCGCUUGCUUCUUCAACCGUGAGGUCCUGCAGCGCUUUCGAGGGUUUGGUGGGGUCCGCAUCGAGGAGGAUGUUGCGGUGACCAACAGCGGCAUGGAGCUACUGACCUGCGUGCCUCGCACCGUGGAGGAAAUCGAAGCGUGCAUGGCAGGCCAGGACAAGGCCUUUACCCCCUUCUCCGGCUCCAAGUAG